UUUAAAUAAUGUGCGAUAUAAACUAACACGGAGAGUAGGAAAAUAUUUGAAAGACCUUAUAAGUAUAUCAGAUUUGAUUAACAGAAAAAUUUUUAGACAAGCACAAUUGAAUCUCUCAGAAUUUUUAGUAAGAACAAAAAGUCGUUAUGUGAAGUACACGUUAGCCUCGCUGCGAAAAUAACGAUCGUUGCGGAUGCGUAGGUUAAACAGAAUAACCAACUAAAGAGCGUUUUCGGACCCGGACUUGAUGGUAAUUUCAAAACGGAGGACGUGACAGCGGCUUAUCCGCGAGGACUCGGCGAGGACGGAGUAAUUACGUUCAGCUUAAUAAUCCGUAUUAUUUGAAUCGUCGCGUGACAAUUGGAUUUUACAAUUCCGAACUAAUUCUGAACAUCAACGCGAUCCAGACGAAUCACACGGAGACAAUGAUGAAAAGAGUCAUGGAGCUCCUCGGCAGGUUGAUCCUGAACGAAGUUCAGAGGAAGACUUGUGUCUCCUUAUCUGCGGACAUGCGAGAAUUUUUAGGAUGGAUUUUGGAAGUAGAUCGAGAGGAGGAGUCGCUGGACAAUGCACCGCCGUUGCCGUUGGUCCGCGAGGAAAUCGUUCCGGAAGAAGAUUCGGGACCCAAAUUCUUGUUCGAUAACACUUCCGACCGAGGACGAGAUGUUAGUGAUUUGCAGAAAAAAGUGCGAGUGUUGGAGUCCCUCGUAAAAGAAUACAACGCUUUGACAGCACAAGAGAAAACGAGGGUUCACACGGUUCACGAUUACUUGACUCGCCAAUUAAAUUCGCUUCUGCAACAAAUCGAAGCGCUGGAGGAAACGAGAACAGAGGCGCGUAUUGGAGCGGCUAAAGCUCGAACUGGCAGUAUCUUGCAAUAUCAAAACGCGAUGCCUAACACCACUAAUACGAGCUACCCGAUGACGACAAGAAACACAUUCUCCUCGCCGAUCGACACGCGUAAUUUUCGCCGGCUCGACAACGCCACGUCCGGAAUGGCGGAUCGCGUCGCGGUUCGUCGCAGAGAAACACGCAGUCUCGACGAAACGGCUCGGUCAAAGCGGCGUCGAGGCACGAGAAAGCGCCAGAGGAACGAGAAUCGCGGCAAGCCGAAGCGGAAGCCGCGUCGCAAGCAUCGAGAUCGCGCGAGAUCGUCGCGACGGAAACGCGCGAAUCCGGAGGGAAAUCGUCGGGCCUCGCUUGAUUCGGGCUACGAGGCGCCGACGAUCUACGACUCGCUCGAUGUCAUCGACACAGGUCCGCAGGGCGAGAGAAGAAAGAGGGAGCGGGAGUCCGAGAGCGAGGGGAUGGCCGAUCUGUUACCGAUCAAGGGAAAGAAUCGCUUGGAGGACGAAGUAAUACUGCUUAAUAAGCGAGAAGCUUGGCGGCGGGAGAACGAGGAGCAGCUGGAGGAGGUCGCCUUUGGCAAGGAUAUGAGGAGCGACGCGAGCAGGGAGCGCGAGCGGUUCGAGAAACUGACAGAGGAGGACAAACGGAAGUCCAGGACUAAGCGAGAGGAACUUGGCCGCGCAGCAUCCGGUAUCAUUGCGGGCGCGAAUCGCUCGGACGAUUCUCGCGCGCCAACCUCGCGCGCAAUCGGUACGGCAGAAUCGGGGGAGAAUUCCAAGGGAAAGAGCUUGAAGGGCGAUAACAACUUCGUAACGAAGCAGAACGACCUGAGAUCGCUGGAGCGCGGAAUCAAUGUUUUCGCGGAUAACGAAAGCGAGACCGCGGGCGAGCAAGCAGGUGGAAAGUUAACCGCGAUAAACGCGCGAUCCGAUAACCGUGUUAGGGGGAGGCUCGGCGCGAUAAAUUGCGAGACAAAAAUUGACAACGCAAGCGACGGCGGAGGUGCCGCAGCGCGGCCGGCGAACUCGACAGCGGAACGACGGGAAGUUCCGGAAACGCGACGAGAGAUGGAUGAUAACGCUACAAAAUUAAACCGGCCGACCAACCGUCGAGCUGAGCAGGCCGAGGUCAAGCUGAAAAAUCUCAGACGGCCAGAGGAUGGCAAGAGAAUCCGUGGCGUCGUGGACCACGGGAACUCGACUCGUGACGACGACGAUCCCGGUGGAAAUAAAUUAAGAGACAGAUACGUGGCGCGUUUGGACAAACCGGCUGACCCGGAUCCCGGGAAUAAUUUGCAGCUUCUAAGAUCAGGGAGUGACGAGCGGCUGGAGGAUGAUGUCGUCGGAUGGAGGAUCACGCCGAUAAUAAGAGGGCCAGUGGGCUACAACGAUCGCGCUCUAUCGAGUCUCGCUUCGGCGGGAGAGGGAUUAAUCGACGCGAGGGACUUAGGCUCGUAUCAAUAGUCGCUACUUGAAACUUGUCUCACCUGAGAUACUCAGAUUUGAAUUCAGAGUUAGAGAGAUUCAGAGUUAGAUUCAGAGUUGGAUUUAGAGAAUUCAGAUUUGAAUUCAGAAUUCAGAGUUAAACCUGAAGUUUGCGCACACAGAAGAAUGCGUACUGCAUUUAAGUAAGUGUUACUUGUGUUUUAAAUGUUUUUUAUCAAUUUAUCCGAAAAUGUAUAUCAUAAGUUUAUAAUAAGCAUCAAAUUUCCCCAAAAUAUUCUCUUAGUUUUGCUCGAGUUUCAAUCGAGAAUAUUAAAUUAACCCUUUAAGCCAUAUAUUUUAUUUCUCGGUGAAGUUUCUCCAAGUUUGACACAUGGGAGAUUUUGGGGUCGUUGAUUAUGAAUUUGAGGUCAGAAAAUUAAAAUUCGAAAUGGUGGCUCCAAUAUAGCGAUCAUAAGUUUUCAAAAUUAGCAAUUUCACUUUUAGCAUUAUACGAAAGCAAUGAUAUUUAUAUUCUCGAUAUGAAAAAGAGAUAUUUGCGUUUUUGACCAGGAACUUAUUAAGUAGAUAUAUUAUCAACAUUUCAAUAGUUUAAUAUAUAUAAAAUAUAUAAUAUAUAUAAAAAAUAGGGCUUACAGAAAAUUUUGAUAUGUAAGCAAAUGAAAGUAAAAAUAAGGCAUUUUUCUCAAGUCAUUUAAGGUUGAUUAUUAAGAAUCGGUACAUCGAAACAUUAACAUUAGUUUAUUCAGAACAACUUAUAGUAUUUCACAUAUUUUUUCAAAAUUUUCUGUAAGUGAAACUAUUUUUAUCCCAUACACAUACUUAUUGAAAUAACUUACAUACAAUAGCUUAUUGAAAUAUUGAUAAUUGUAAACAGAAUAGAUUCUUCUUUUGAGUAUUUUGAUAAUAGUGAGUUUUUCUAAAAUUUCUGACGUGUAUAUUUUAAGUAUAUUAUCAAGCAAAAAAUAUUCUUUAUUGAAAGUGAUGAUUAUUUAAAAGAAGGAAAAAUUUCAUUGAAUAAUCGCUUUUCUUUUCAAUAGAAUGCCAUUGUUCUGCAUGUUAAAUCAUGCGAUAAGUGCGACGUUACAUUAUCGUAGUCAACUGAAUUAUCACACACUUUAUAAUCAACUGAAAGUUUUUGAUUUGAACUUUUCAGUUGACUUUAUAAGUCAACUGAAAACGUAGUCAACUGAAUAAUCGCACGCUUUAUAAUCAACUGAAUGUUUUUUGAGCUUUUAAACUGACUUUGUAAAUUAACUGAAGAGCUCACAUCUAACUCUCAAUUCAAAUCUAGUUAUCUCGUGCUUGAAAUAAGUUUCAAGUAACAACUAUUAAUACGGGCCUUAGAGUUGGAUGCCGACGUUUAUUUCGACACUGCGACGCUCCAGAGACUGAGAAGUCGCCAGAGAAGAGGUCACGCUGGCGUCUUCGAAGGCGUCGUGCCCGUGUCGUGGGUGACCGACGGCGAAGGGGCUCGUUUUCCGCGCAGUUUCCGUUCAGGAGCGAGGCGGAUGUCCAAGGCGACCGGUUUCCGAGAUCCGUGGAUAGAACAUGAGGUUUCUCUCGAAGCUCCACGGCUAUCACGACGGAGGGGUGACACGGCGGAAUUCGCGACGUAUCCAGCACUGAGGGAAUCUAAUCGCGAUUUACUUCGAUCUCGUUACGAUCCAACGAUCCGCGACGGACUCCGCUUGCCGUCGCUCUUCCCAUAUCGUUAUUACGGCGGCCGCGCGGGUUUCCGCUUCGUCCCGGAUACUCCCGGGAGAGACAGCUACGCAUAUCGAUAUCCCGGGAGCAUCGGGCACGGCCCCUUUAAAGAGCGACCUCGCGGCUCGACGCGGCGAGUCGCGAAGCGAACUGGAUUCCGCUCGAGAGCCUCCAAACGGGCCGUCGAUUUUCCGCGGGAUUAUUUAGCGAGCGCGAGCCUCGAGUCGGAAAACGCGCAUGAUUUUCGCCUGGCAGCGAAUCGCGAGGAUCACGUUGAUGGGAUACACGCGAAAGGCAAGUAAAAGUGACGGGGUGAAAGCGAAAUUGGAAAAGAGGACGACUGUAAAAUAGGACGAAAUCCAGGUGAUGAGGAAAUAUUUAAUUUUCUCGCGCUAAUUAUCGGUUUUGAACAAUAAAAGGUAUUAAGGCUCUUGGCACCACGCCAUCUUGAUUUAUGACGUCAAAACAGCGAGAAAAUACAUGCUAAAAAUUCCUGCAAAAUACGUAAAAAUGGAAAGAUAUAUAAAGUAACAUCUACGAUUGAUCGAACAGACCGAAAAUAGGGCGAACGUUUUCUAACAAUCAAUAAGUAACUGUAAAAUUAGUAACGUGACAAAAUUAUGAGGAAAGGUAAGUUGAAGAGGUAACGAAAGGAAAGCGUUUUGCCUACACUAUGUGUCGAUAGAUUGCAAGUAUUAUUUUAUGGAUGUCUCUUUAGUUUAACGUAUCUUACAGGAAUUUUUAUUAUGUAUUUUCUUAUUUCUGACGUCAUCAAUUAUGAAAAGGCAGCAGCCUUAAUCGAUUGAAAUAUUGUUUUUUAAAAUAAUCGGCAAAUCAACUAUUAAAAUCAAUCAAUCGUCAGAUAAUAAAAUGGCAAAUAACUUUAUGGAUUGAUAAAAUUAAUUAUUCAUCACACUUUGAUUCGAUUGAUUAUCAUUGAUCUAAUCUAGAUAGCAAAUAUAUCUCAGAGACGUCUAAAACUAGUAAGAUGUCUUUUAAACAUCUUUAGAACUUCUUUUAUAGAUACUUAUGCUGCUCGGGAAUUAAUCUCAUCAACUGACUAAAUUAUACAUGAUUACGUAUGUAAUGAUGAUAGUUGAUUAUAUGAUUUUUAUUGUUGAUUUGUCGGUUAUAUUCUAGUGAAAGAAAGUCUUAAUCGAUCAAUAACACUAUUUUCGAGUAGUCACAAUUAGAAAUUUACCUCAUAGCUUCUAUCAGGUUUAUCCCAUACAGAGAGAAUGAUUUAGUUGAAUCAAACAAACACUUCUUUGGAAUGGGCCAAGCAAAUUUUUUGAUUGAUCAAACAAAGUUUUGUUCGACGCAACAAAAAUAUUUAGUUACGGCUUAAUUCCAACGAAAUAUCUUUAUUACGUCAACCAAAAAAUUUGUUUGGACCAUUUCAAAGAAGCGUUUAUUUGAUUCAACAAAUUGUUCUCUUUAUGCAGUGAUUUCUGACUUAUAGAAAGUGAUGUUAUCGGAUCCUAAUUAUUAAUAAGGUCUUAUUAAUAUCUAAUAGGCUCUUUACUGUGCUCGUCAAUUUUCUCUUGCUCGGAUUUUAUCAGAUAUUAAGGAGUAUGAGGAUGUAUUAAUUGUGUAUCAAAAAAAUCUCAUUUUCAUUAUUUAUUUAUUUGUUUAUCUAUACAAAAGAACGCUAAAAAUGGGCAGGUUGCUACCUAUUGAACAUUUUCUUCUAAUUCUCAUUAUUAUUAAUAAGACUUAAUUGUCUUAAUUGUUGUAUGUUAUAUGACUAAUCAAGACUUGAUAACAUCACCGUAUACAAGCCAGAUAUCUGAUUGGAAUCAACUUGAGGAAGAUAAUGGGCACAAGUUUCUAGCCGUGGUUAACCGACGCAAUGCGACGCAGCAGGAUACAAGAGAGGAAAAAUAUACGGCGUGAAGUAUACACGGCGUAAUGUCAAC